ACCUCCCGGAAUCCCAGACCGCGCUUUCCCCCCCAGGGACCUGGAUCUCCUUUCUCGGACCCAAGAGCCUGGCUCUCCUCUUCCCGGAGCUCCGCCUUCCGGCCCCCCAGACUCAGGCUCCCCAGCCCUCCGUUUCCAGGACCCAGGCUCUCCGGGUCGCCGCCUCCCGGAUCCAGGCGUCCUGGAUCUGCGCCACCAGACUAGCCUCUUGAAGACCUCCGCCGCCUGGGCGCCUUCGGCCUUCCGGAGCCAAGGACCCCGGGUCCCAGCCUGAGAGACUCGCGUAUUCCCAACACUCAGGGCCAAGAAACCCAGGUGCCCCCGACUCGCAGCCCUCGGGCGCCGGACACCACCUAGAAGAGCGGAGGAGCCCCAGCGCCCAGCCUCGGGAUCUGGGACGCUCCGCUUCCAGGAGCCAAGGAGCCGAGGCGCGGUGACCUCAGAACUCCGAGGAACCCUGCAAAGUUCCAGCCUCCAGGCUCUGUUACUCAACUCCCAGUUCUAAGGAGCGUGCGCGCCCUGGGAAGGAGCCUCAAGGGCUCCCAGCUUCCAGGCGCCAAGGAACCCCCGGGGCGUUCGUCAUGGUGGCCGAUCCGCCGAAGGGGGACCCCAAGGGGUUCGCGGCGGCGGAGCCCACCGCGAACGGUGCCCUGGCGUUGGUCCCUCUAGAGGACCCAGGCGCGACAGGCGGCAGUUCCCGGGACAAGGUGCGCCGCUGCCUUCGUGCCAACCUGCUGGUGCUGCUGACGGUGGCGGCCGUGGUGGCGGGCGUGGCGCUGGGGCUGGGGGUCUCCGGGGCCGGGGGCGCGGGAGCGCUGGGCCCCGCGCGCCUGGCGGCCUUCGCCUUCCCCGGCGAGCUGCUGUUGCGCCUGCUCAAGAUGAUCAUCCUGCCGCUGGUGGUGUGCAGCCUGGUCGGCGGCGCCGCCAGCCUGGACCCGAGCGCGCUCGGCCGCCUGGGCGCCUGGGCGCUGCUCUUUUUCCUGGUCACCACGCUGCUGGCGUCGGCGCUCGGCGUGGGCUUGGCGCUGGCCCUGAAGCCGGGCGCCGCCUUCGCCGCCAUCAACGCCUCGGUCGGGGCCACGGGCGCUACGGAAGAGGCCCCCCCCAGCAAGGAGGUGCGCGAUUCGUUCCUGGAUCUUGUGAGAAAUAUCUUCCCCUCCAACCUGGUGUCCGCGGCCUUCCGCUCAUAUGCCACCUCCUAUGAACAGAUAUGGAUCAACGGAACCCAGGUGAAGGUGCCCGUGGGAGGUGAGGUGGAGGGCAUGAACAUCCUGGGCCUGGUGGUGUUUGCCAUCGUCUUUGGCGUGGCCCUGCGGAAGCUGGGACCCGAGGGAGAGCUGCUCAUCCGCUUCUUCAACUCCUUCAACGAUGCCACCAUGGUGCUGGUCUCCUGGAUCAUGUGGUACGCCCCUGUGGGCAUCUUGUUCCUGGUGGCUGGCAAGAUCGUGGAGAUGGAGGACGUGGGGCUGCUGUUCGCCAGUCUCGGCAAAUACAUCCUGUGCUGUCUGCUGGGCCACGCCAUCCACGGGCUCCUGGUGCUGCCCCUCAUCUACUUUAUCUUCACGCGCAAAAACCCUUACCGCUUCCUGUGGGGCAUCAUGACGCCGCUGGCCACUGCCUUCGGGACCUCCUCCAGCUCCGCUACGCUGCCGCUGAUGAUGAAGUGCGUGGAGGAGAGGAACGGCGUGUCCAAGCACAUCAGCCGCUUCAUCCUGCCCAUCGGGGCCACUGUCAACAUGGACGGUGCCGCCCUCUUCCAGUGCGUGGCCACGGUGUUCAUUGCUCAGCUCAACAAGCGAUCCUUGGACUUCGUGCAGAUCAUCACCAUCCUGGUCACUGCCACAGCGUCCAGUGUGGGUGCGGCCGGCAUCCCGGCUGGAGGGGUCCUCACUCUGGCCAUCAUCCUCGAAGCUGUCAGUCUCCCGGUUCACGACAUCUCCUUGAUCCUGGCUGUGGACUGGCUGGUGGACCGGACCUGCACCAUCCUCAACGUGGAAGGUGACGCCUUUGGGGCGGGCCUCCUGCAGAGUUAUGUGGAUCGUACAGAUUCGCAGAGCUCGGUCCCGGAGCUGAUCCAGGUGAAGAGUGAGGCGCCCCUGGCUCCACUGCCGGUCCCCACCGAGGAGGGGAACCCCCUCCUCAAACACAGCCCGGGACCCGCUGGCGAUGCUGACACUUGCGAGAAGGAAUCGGUCAUGUAAACCCCAGAAGGGACCUUCCCUGCCCGGAUAGGGGGCACCCGAGAGACAUUGGCAUCAGGAGACACGGAUAAACGGACAAACUGGGCCUCUGGGGGCCCUGCCCACACACUCCGGA